ACCUUCUGCAACUCCUUUCUCUAACAAUGUCUUCUUAUUAUCCCCCUAAUUUGUCUAAAUCUUCUCAUAAUUCAUCCAGUUCUUCCCCUAAUCCUCUAAUACCUUCUAUCUAUUCCCAAUUAUCUCAAUCCAUAGGGAUGAAAGAUGUUCCUGAUAAUCCAAUUUGUAGUGAGUUCACUACAAGUGGUAUUAGAGCAGUCGAUUCUGCGGCUGCAAACAUGAGAACCCUAACAGAAAGUGAAAAGCUAUCUAUUCGAGUUGAAUUACUAGAAUCAGCUCUAGCUGAGAUAUCAAGAGUGUUGGGUGAUUGCAAAACUAAACCAUCUCCUGAGUUUUUAGCAGGAUGGAAGGAUUAUUUAGCUACAGAAGUAAUGAACCUUCUAUUAUUUGAGCGUUGGAUGAGUGAAUCCGUUGAUCAGAACGAGAAAUUUAAUUCGGCAGAAAACUUUGAAUUAGUUGGAUUGGUGCUGAAUAAAUCGAUGUUGAUUGAGAAGGUAAUCGAUGAGAAACUUGAAGGAGCUUCUAUUGAUUUAAGUUCAACUAGUAAUUUCACUCAAAAUUCUUCAAAGCCACUAGUUCCAGAUGCGUCAGAUGAAGAUUUAUAUUCUACUACAACAACCAAUUUCUCGCGCAGAUCUGGUGAAUCGAAGAUGAACGAGAACAAAGUUGAUGUCAAUUUAAAGUCAAUUCAACUUGAUUUAAGUUCAGAAAGAAAUUUCUUCCAAAAAUCUUCAACUCCUGGUGCAACAGAUGAAGGAAGGUUACAAAUGCUGAGGUAAAGGAUUUCAAACUCAUUAAGAGGUUUUCUUAUUUGGUGGGAGUCUAUGAAUUCGGGUUUGAUACAGCUACUUCCUGUCCGUUUGCACUCUAUGUUUAUUCAAUUUUAAUGGCCAACUACCGUGGAAAUUGUGUUCAUGAGAUAAAUAACAAACAUGGGUAUCAAUCAUAUGGGUUGUCUACUGAUUCUAUUACUUCUAUGUUAGCUGAUAACAUCAUUUCUAGUACUGCUUGGCAAAUGUGGGGUAAAAUACUUCAUAGGAGUACCAGAAACUGGAUUAUAGUGAUACAACUGUUGCUAAAAACGUAUGAGUCCAAGAAGUGUUGUUACCUUUGUAUCGACCGUACUCAUAAGGUAUUUGAUCGAGGAAAGUGGUUAUAAUUGAUCAGGAUGUAUUCUCAUUAUGAAAACAACAGUUUUGAUUUCAGUUAUAGUGUACUUAAAUUGGGUUUGCUUGUUCUGAAUGGGUUCAUUUCAAAGAAUAGUUUCAGUGCAAAUUUUAUUUCUGAGGUGAACUCUAAACUUGGUUACCAUCUGGAUUUGUAGUUUAGUAUUCACGUGUCUUUGAAUUGGUAAAAAAAGGGAUACCAGAGUGUUGUCAGCAAGCUCUUUGAGGAGAAGCCACAACAACAUAAUGUUCUCUGCACUAUUUUGAGAUCUUAUGUAACAAUGAGAUAUGAGUUUAGCAAUGCAGGUGGACUAAUUCUUCAGAUUCUUGUCAACAGUAAAUGGAGUUUCAAGGGCAAUGUGGGCUUUCUAAAGUUACAGCUGAGGUACUAUUUCCUCACAAUCCUUGGUUGUGUACGAAGUAUUUUGAGCAGUGCAAGAUGUCCCGAUUGUAGCAUGUAUAUUACUGGAAAGGUAUUUGAUCGGGGACGGUGGCUAGGACCGAUUAUAAGUAGUUCUAAGUUAUGCUUGAAUAUUCUUACUUCUGAUAUGUUGGUUCUUAUGGAGUCUACUUGGAUGAAUGAGUACAAUGGGGAAUUUUUUUAUGAGCUAAUUCUAGCACUUCGAUACUGUUCACAAUCAUUAUGGGAGUAUUCGAAUGUACUUGUCUUUGUGUUUCUGAGAAAUGGUGACAGGCAGGUUAAUUGCAAGCUCCUUAAAGAAAUGUUGCAGCUUGUUAUUGGUCUUCACACUUUGGUUACUGCUCGACAUGACCUUCCUUGUGCCAGUAGAGUGUUGGGUUUGUUGUUACAAGACGAGAGGAAUUAUAGAGAGUGGAGUUCUGCAAAAGAAUUAUGGGAACUAACGAUUGUGAAUUCUUCUGUACAGGUUCUUGGCAGGUUGAUAAUAGUGGUGAAUGGAAUGAACAUGGCAGUUUAAUAAAUACUCGGUCGAAAGUUGCAGUUCUGAGUUGUGCUUUUACGAUGACUAAGUUAAUUCUGAACCAUGCUCUAAUAGGAACUCAGCUCGUGCUCAGAGUGAUUCAAAUCCUACUUGGAAGGCUACUGGUUGGGUACUUACGGUGGAAAUUCAGAUUAGUUCCACUUGGGUUGGGGAGUGUGAGAUAUGUUAGUUGGAAUACUGACAAUUUUAUCUCAGUAGCGUGUAUAAUGUUUCAAUGGGAUACUACAUCCUGGACUUCAGUGCGAGAUGUGUCAUUAACUGGAAUUAUAGAAGCCAUCUGAUUGGCAAAGCUGAGGUCCACAAUCUUAUUACAGCAACUCUUCUGAAGGGAAAUAUGUUCUCCAAAAGUUUGAGGAGUCAUGAAAAAGAUAGUUGUUAUAUUUCCAUUCUUAUGAGGUUACUUGAAUACCCCAACUCUAAAUUUUGGUGUUACAUAAUUCGAGCUCCGAGUAUUGCUUCAUCAUAUGACAUGACAUUGUUGGGAAGACAAAUAGACAGAGAUACUGCAGUUUCAUAUUCCACCUGGAGCGGUUGGCAUUUGUUUUUCUAUGCUCAACAUGUUACUUCUUGGUGCAACAAACUAAUGGACUGGAGAUCUAAAUGGGCUCUUAAGCAUUGGGAGGAUCAAAAGGGAAAUGACCAUUACAAGCUCAAGCAAAACCUCCAAGGGCAAGUACCUGGUGUACCGUUUCAGAACUGCAACCAAGAAAUGGAUAAUGCAAGAGAUCGCACAGUAAUACCAGCAUAUGUAAUGCCAAACUCCUCGGUGAUCGAUUCCACAUAUCCAGACCACUUCGGUGCUGUUAUUUGUAUGGCAGUUCAUUUCUUCCUGGGAGAUAAUCGACUCCAGGCAACUAAAAGGUUUCUGGUACUACAAUCAAUACGAUGUGUUGCUGCUAGAAAAGCCAACAAAUGAGGCUCCAGUCUUUAUACUGUCAACAGGGAACCUUUUCAGGCCUCAGCUUUUAGUGGCGGGAAUACUCUGCAAAGAAAUACAUCCCAGUUUAUAUACAACCACAAAUUGCAGGAACUACAGAAAAGAGAAGAAUUAUUCGUUUAUGGGAUUCAACAGCAGGGGUGCUGCUAGGAGCACUUACUUUCCAAGUUGAUCGGUGGUUUACUGGGCUUGGCUUUCUAAUGUUCUGGGACCUACAAGGAAAACUAGUGUUCAUUGUUUCAUUAUCUCCUAAUGGGCGUUACUGGAAUGUCAUGUACUUGUUGUGGUUAAGGCUCAGUUCCCAUCCUUGAGGACAAGGAUGAUUUGGAGGAGUGGGUAUUUUUCAUGUACCUGGGCUAGGAUAUAUGUGGUAGUUUAUUAUUA